AUGGCCACAGCAGCAUUAAUCGAGCACAAGCGUAGGAAUUCACCCUCGAAACUGUCCAUUUUGUGGAUAUCCCCGCAGUAUCUAAUUUUCGGCCUUUCAGAAAUGUUCACUGCAGUGGGGCUUAUCGAGUUUUUCUACAAGCAAUCCGUGCAAGGAAUGCUGUCUUUCCUAACAGCCAUGACUUACUGUCCGUACUCGUUCGGGUUUUACCUGAGCUCCCUUUUGGUUUCUUUGGUGAACAGAGUUUGCUCGGGUGAGGAGGACAUGGUUGGCUGGGGGGAAAUGACCUCAACAGGGACAGGUUGGACCUUUUCUACUGGUUGCUGGCUGCACUCAGCUUCGUCAACUUCUUCAUUUACCUCUUUUGGUCGAGUUGGUAUUCUUGCAAUCCAUCACUGUCUCUUGAGAAGCAGCAAAGUCUAG